CUCUCCCCCAAAUCCUCACAAAUCACAGCGCCGCCGCACCCGAUCUCCCAAGAAGACACCACCACCACCCGCGCCGAUGGCCCGCACGAAGCAGACGGCGCGCAAGUCCACCGGCGGCAAGGCGCCGAGGAAGCAGCUGGCCACCAAGGCGGCCCGCAAGUCCGCGCCGGCCACCGGCGGCGUCAAGAAGCCCCACCGUUUCCGCCCCGGCACCGUCGCGCUCCGGGAGAUCCGCAAGUACCAGAAGAGCACGGAGCUGCUCAUCCGCAAGCUCCCCUUCCAGCGCCUGGUGCGGGAAAUCGCGCAGGACUUUAAGACCGACCUGCGGUUCCAGUCAUCCGCCGUCUCCGCCCUGCAGGAGGCCGCCGAGGCGUACCUGGUGGGGAUGUUCGAGGACACCAACCUGUGCGCCAUCCACGCCAAGCGCGUCACCAUCAUGCCCAAGGACAUCCAGCUCGCACGCCGCAUCCGCGGCGAGCGUGCCUAGGUCUGGGUCGCCGGUAAUACUGCUGGGUAGUAGCUGUUCCUGUCUCGUGAUCUGGAUGUGUGUCGGUUGUGUUUGUUGGUGUUGAUAUGAUCGUAUCGUUUGGUCCUGUGAUUCGUGAUGCUCGAAUGAAAUGGCAAUGAGAAGUUCAGUUAUAAUGUGAUGGUAAA